GGAGUGGUCACGUAUGUGAAGAGGACAUUUUUCAACCACCAGGAGCUCAUCCUGCAGCCAGCCAUCAAAAAGGUGUGGGAGGAACAGCAACGGACGCACCUCACCGUGCUGCAGGUGGAAGGCCGACCCCUCGUCCUUGGUGGUGAUGGGCGAGCAGACAGUCCGGGACACAGUGCCAAGUUUGGUACCUACACCACAAUGGAGCUUGUGGCCAAUGUGGUUCUCGACCAUUCAGGUUGUACAGAGCAACGAAUGUCUUGGCAGCUACCAUAUGGAGAUGGAAGGACUGAAGAGGAUGGUGGAGCUGCUGAUCAGCUGGGACCUGGAUGUCGGGGUGCUGGUGACAGACCGACACAGACAGAUCGCUAAAUGGAUUCGCGAAAACAUGCCCAAUACACGGCACUGCUAUGACAUCUGGCAUGUUGCAAAAUCCAUCGGAAAGAAACUGAAGGCCAUCUACAAGCAUAAGGACUGUGAAGACCUGAAGCCCUGGGUGCUAAGUAUAAUCAACCACCUCUACUGGGCAGCAGUGUCUACACCGCCUGGAGAGGGGGGACUUCUGGUUGCCAAGUGGAAGUCUGUGGAGCGACACAUUCAGAACAUCCACAAGGACCAUGGCGACCUCUUCCCAAUUUGUACUCAUGGACAACUGCAACGGCAAAAGAAAUGGCUCAAACAAAGUUCACGCUCAGCAGUGAAACUGGAGGAGGUGGUCAACAACAAGUCCCUGCUGAGAGAUAUCGCCAUGCUGUCGGGUGAACACCAGACUUCCAAGGUGGAGGCGUUCCAUAGCCUUAUCAUACAGUUCGCACCGAAAAUGUAUGUCUUCUCAUACAUCGGAAUGCUGUGCAGGAACCUGCUUGCUGGGCUGCACUGGAAUGAAAACUCGAGCCGCCCUAUAGCCACUACACAAGCGGGUGCUGAGCGCUAUGCAGUACGCUACCCGAAGUAUAAAGCAGGGGGCCAUGUGGUCAAGAAAAUCGCGACAGAACCAACAUAACGCUACGUAGAUGACUUGAUCAGGGAGGUUGUUGCUGGCUGCAGACAGACCCCUGACCAGAGAACACCAGUCAGCGUCACUGUGGAUGUGCCUCCCUUCCUCUGCGAUGAACUGGAGAAGCCAGACAAGGAGGAAGCCAUCGCCAAGCACAGGAGUCGCUUCGGGAGGAGGUGAAACAUCUGGUUGACUGGUGCAGAACCAACAACCUGGUCCUGAACGUCGACAAGACCAAGGAGAUCAUCGUUGACUUCAGGAAGCACCAGUCCAGCCACGCUCCACUCUUCAUCAACGACACAGCGGUGGAGAUGGUAAGCAGCACCAAGUUCCUGGGGGUGCAGAUAACUGACAAUAUGACCUGGUCCCUACACACCGGAGCUCUUGUAAAAAGAGCUCAGCAGCGCAUGCACUUUUUGCGUCGGAUGAAAAGAGCACAACUCCCUCCCCCCAUUCUCACCACAUUCUACAGAGGCACUAUAGAGAGCCUACUGACCAACUGCAUCUCUGUCUGGACUGGAGCCUGCAGUGCCUAAGACUGGAAGUCUCUGCAGAGAGUGGUGAGGACGGCGGAAAAGAUCAUCAGGACUCCUCUUCUCCUCAAAAAGCCGCUGCCUGACCAGGGCUCAGAAAAUCUGCAGAGACUCCUCCCACCCUCACCAAGGACUGUUUUCACUGCUGGACUCUAGAAAGAGGUUCCACAACCUCCAAAGCAGAACCUCCAGGUUCUGUAACAGCUUCUUCCCUCAGGCCGUAAGACUCUUGAACGCAUCAUAAUAAUCCCUUCAAUUCCCCCCAAAAAUGGAUUAACUCACUGGAAUAUAAAGACAAUAUAACGUACAUCCAUAAACCUGGAUGCAUAUGCAAAAGUGCAAUAUAUUUAUCCGUACAGUAAUCUAUUUAUUUAUAGCUGCUCCUUAUUGCUUUUUUAUCCUGC